AUGUCGGGCAACUCCAAAUAUACCGCCAUCGUCACCCCGUCGGAGCUGACCAUUUCAUUCAAGCACCUCUUAUCCAGCAUCCCCUCACCCGACCCGACUCUGAUCGUGCACUCCUCCCUGGGGUCUAUCGGCUUCAUUCCCGGCUUCGCCCCCUCUCUCAUUCAGUCACUCCUCUCCGCGCUUGGUCCGUCUGGCACUCUUGUUGCUCCGACAUUUACGGGGGAAAACUCGGAUCCUGCAGCUUGGAGAGCUCCUCCGGUGCCCGAAUCAUGGUGGCAGACCAUUCGAGACUCUACGCCAGCGUUUGAUCCAGCCAUGACAAUCUGCAGAAGGGUCGGCGUAGUCCCAGAGACGCUGCGCAAAUGGCCCGGAGCGUUGAGAUCCGCCCAUCCGCAGACGUCCUUUGCGGCAGUCGGCCCUCAAGCAAAGGUCAUCACAGAGGGACAUGCGCCUGAUUGUCGCUUUGGCGAAUCGAGCCCGCUGGCCAAGCUCGAAGCUGCAGAUGCUUGGGUCUUGCUGAUUGGGGUCGGGUGGGAUAGAUGCACCGCUCUGCAUCUUGCAGAAUAUCGCCUCCAGAGCCCGGCUCCCCUCGUAGACAACUCGUUCGCCAUAAAGGUCGAUGGCCAACGGCAGUGGAUGACUGUGGAAGACCUCGUGCCUAUUACUGACGACGACUUCGAGGACCUCGGGGCUGAUUUUGAGAGAGACUGCCAAGUCGUACGCGCAAAGAUUGGGGCAGCUGAGUGUCGACUGUUUUCUCUGCGAGAGGUAGUUGAGUAUGCAAGGGUUUGGAUGGAUAAGCACAGGAAUGCAACCAAAUCCGAGUGA